AUGUCACACAUAGAGAGGGACAAGUUAUCUUUGCCUGAACUUAGAGGUUUCUUGGCUGAUCAUGUUGCACUGACUGAAGAAGAUAAAGUUGAGUUUCACUGGUUAUUCCCUGGAGGUGAACUAAGCAGUGGAUUGAGAAGGCUGGAGGAUGAUAAAUCCUGCCUAUACAUGUCAGAUUGCAUAACUGAGGGUGUAGUGGCUGAAAUUUAUGUGGAGAUUUUCAGGUUUGAUGGUAGUGAUCGAGGAGAGUUACAGGGAGGGCCUGUCCAAGAUCAAAUAUUUUACUCCUCUACCUCUGACAGCGAUGAUGAAGAUUAUGUCGAAGGAGAAGAGGACAAAUCUAACGAUGAUGAAGAAUAUGCAAACGAAUAUGAGGACACAUCUGAUGAUGAUGAUGAUGAAGCAAAUGAGUUCAGAACAAAUGCAAGGAACCAGAGGAGAAAUCCAUCGGACACAUCUAAAUAUGGAAAAAUUUCAGAGCUUCAACUUCAAGAAAUUGCUGAAGAAGCACAUAAUUUGCAAGAUGAUGAUGACCCACCAGUGUUGGACAGUAGUGGUGAGUGUAGCUAUGAGGACGAUGAUGAGAAUGAAGCAAUUAGAAGGAAGAGCAGGUUUGCAAGAUAUGAUAGUAAAUCAACACUUUCCGUCUUUUCUCUUGGUAUGAUUUUUAGUGGAAGAGUGCAGUUUAAGAGUGCUCUAAUCAAGUAUGGGUUGGCUACAAGGAGGCACUUGACCUUUCCAAAGGAUGAGGCUAAUAGGAUGAGAGCUAAGUGUUCAUGGAAGGGCUGUCCUUGGUUCAUAUUUGCGAGCAAAGAUAAUGAUAAGUUCAAGGUCAAGACCUUCAAUAAUGUGCAUAUUUGCCCUCAAAGGAAGGAUAACAGAUUGGUCACUACUCUAAGGAUAGCUGACAAAUAUGAGCACAUCAUUAAGGCAAACCCAUUUUGGAAGCUUCAAAAUAUCAAGGAAACAGUGUUCCUUGAAAUGGGUGCGGAUGUGUCUCUAUCCAAGAUCAAGAGAGCUAAGGCCAUAGUAGUGAGAAGGAUCUAUGAAUCAUGCAAGGGAGAGUAUGCAAAGAUCUUUGAAUACCAGGCUGAAAUUCUUAGAAGCAAUCCUGGAAGCACGUGCAGUAGGGACGCAAACAAUCAGAUAUACCCAAUAGCCUGGGCAAUAGUGGAGAAGGAAACUGAAAAUUCUUGGACAUGGUUUCUAGGUCUUCUUCAGAAAGAUCUUGAAAUUCCCGUUGGUGGUAAGAGCUGGGUUAUCAUUUCUGACCAACAAAAGGGUCUUCUCAAUGCUGUAGGUGAAUUGUUUCCACAAAUUGAGCAUAGAAUGUGUACAAGACACAUAUAUGCCAACUGGAGGAAGAAGCAUAGAGAAGAUGACUUUCAGAAGCCCUUCUGGAUGUGUGCAAAGGCUUCAAGUAUUCCAUUCUUUAACUUCUGUAGAGCAAAGCUAGCACAAUUGACUCCAGCUGGUGCAAAGGAUAUGAUGAGCACCAACCCGAAGCACUGGAGUAGAGCUUGGUUCAACAUUGGAUCAAAUUGUGAUAGUGUGGACAACAACAUGUGUGAGAGCUUCAACAAUUGGAUAGUAGAUGUCAGAGCUCAUCCAAUCAUUUCCAUGCUUGAGGGGAUUAGGACCAAGGUCUGUCCAAAUAUUCUAAAGAAGCUCAACAAAUAUAUUGACCUAGCACAACAUUGCUCAGCUAUUUGGAAUGGUAAGAAUGGCUACGAGGUCAGACAGAAGGACAAGAGGUACAUAGUUGACAUAGACAAGAGGACAUGUUCAUGUAGGUACUGGCAGCUAGCAGGUAUACCUUGUGCUCAUGCCAUUACCGCACUUUUUAUGAGCUCCAAACCUGCUGAGGAGUAUAUAGCAGAUUGCUAUUCCAUAGAGGAGUACAACAAGAUCUAUGAUCAUUGCUUGAUGCCCAUGGAAGGAAUGGAUCAGUGGCCAACAGAUCCUAGAAAGCCACAGCCACCAGCCUAUGUGAAGAUGCCAGGUAGGCCCAGGAAAGAAAGGAGGAGGGAACUUGGUGAGGCAAAGAAAGACACAAAGGUUAGUAGGAUAGGAACCAAGAUCAAGUGCAGCAAGUGUAAGAGUACUAGUCACAACAGUAGAACUUAUGGUCCUAAAUCUAAUGCAAAGAGGAGGAUAUUUGAGGCCGGCAAAGAGGUAUUGGAGUGCAGUAGGCCACACAAAAAGGCAAGAACUACUAGAGGAACUGAAAGAAGCAUUCCUGGCAAUGCAACUGAUAUUGCAAGAGCAAAGACAUCAUCAACAAGCAAGGCUAGUUCAACUGGAAAGAAGGCAUCAUCGACAAGCAAGGCUUCUACCAGGAAAUGA